AUGGGCAUUCUUUCUGUGAAGCACGCCUCGGCGUCCUUGCUGUGUGUGUUCAUAACAUCUACAGGCGCACAGAACAACUCUUCACAACCACAACCACGAUCCGGAUUUGACUACGUUAAUCCUCUCAUUGGCACAAUCAAUGGAGGCCAUGUGUUUCCUGGUGCUACACUGCCAUUUGGAAUGACCAAAGCGGGGCCCGAUGUGAUAGGCGAAAACCAAGGAGGGUUCUCUUCCAACGACUCAGAGCCGAUAUAUGGAUUUUCCCACAUGCACGACUCGGGAACCGGUGGUUCACCGUCACUUGGUAACUUCCCGAUCUUUGCCCAAUCUGGAUGUGUAAAUGAUGAUAUCAACGGGUGUCAGUAUUUCAAGUCUGAACGAGCCGUUGAGCGCAUACCCGGAAGUGUUCAUGCAAGACCUGGUUACUUUGAUAUCACACUAGUCAACAACAUCAGGACUGAGUCAACUGUCACAAAUCGCACAUAUCAGUCGUACUUUUGCCUGGACUUCAAUGGUGCAAAGGUCAAAGAAGCUGGCGUAUGGUCCAACACUCGCGCGACAAACCGAGCAACAAGCCUACGGAUAUUUCCCAGCGAUGUACGACAAACACCCAGUAACACACCAGCAGGUGGAUGGGUACAAUUCGAGAAGCCUACCCAGAAUAAUCAAAUCCAUGCGCGGGUUGGAAUGAGUUUCAUUAGCGAAGAGCAAGCAUGUUCCAACGCUGAACGUGAGAUGCCUUCAUGGGGGUUUGACGACAUUGCUGCCGCUGCUGAGAUUGCAUGGCGUUCCAAGCUUGAUGUCAUCAACGUCGAAGAUGGCGGCGUCGAUCAAGUCUUCCUCAACGCUUUCUGGAGCGGCAUUUACAGGUCAAUGAUCAGCCCUCAAGAUUACACUGGAGAAAAUCCACUCUGGAACUCUGACGAACCAUACUACGACUCCUAUUACUGCAUCUGGGAUAGUUUCAGAUCCAUUCAUCCUCUGAUCACACUUCUAGACCCACAUAGUCAAACGCUUAUGAUAAGAAGUUUACUCGACAUCUAUCGUCAUGAAGGAUGGCUGCCGGAUUGUCGCAUGAGCCACUGCAAGGGUUUUACACAAGGAGGCUCGAAUGCAGAUAUCGUUAUCGCGGAUGCAUACUUGAAGAACAUUACUGCUGGUAUCGACUGGGUGUUAGCAUACGAGGCUGUCGUCAAGGAUGCGGAAGUCGAGCCACCAAACUGGGAUGUUGAAGGCCGUGGUGGUCUCGUAUCUUGGAAAGAGUUAGGCUAUAUUCCUACCCAAAAUCUCGACAUCGAAGGCGUGGGUACAGAAACCCGAUCUAUCUCUCGAACUGUAGAAUAUGCUUACAACGACUUUGUCAUCGCUCUUCUGGCCCGCGAACUCGGCAAUACAGCCGAUUACCAGAAGUACCUCGGCCGCUCCGGUAAUUGGCUCAACAUGUUCAAGGCCGAUCAACGUAGCGUUAUCAAUGGUACUGAUACCGGGUUUGAAGGUUUCCUGCAGCCUCGAUACCUGAACGGCACAUGGGGCUCUCAAGAUCCGAUCUUUUGCUCUCCACUACUCAAUUUCACUGGCUGCUACCUAAAUCCUAGCGGAGGCGAGACCUACGAAGGACCAGUGUGGCUAUACACCUUCUUUGCUCCUGGAGAUAUGGCGACUCUUAUCCAAACCCUAGGAGGACGCGAGCGCUUUGUUGAGCGCAUGAACUGGCUGCACGAGUCCGGUGUCUUGUAUCUUGGAGAUGAACAGGCUUUCCUCAAUGUCUUCUUAUACCAUUACGCUGGACGUCCUGCUCUCUCUGCUGAGCGCGCUCAUCAAUACAUUCCCUCAUUGUUCAACGAUACUGUCGUUGGCAUACCCGGUAAUGACGAUAGUGGCGCCAUGGGAUCUUUUGAGGCUUUCGUUAUGAUGGGAUUCUUCCCCAAUGCUGGACAAGAUGUUUACUUUAUCAUACCACCUUUCUUUGAGUCCAUCUCUAUCAAGAAUGGCCAAACAGGCAAUACAGCAACAAUCCGCAACAUCAACUUUGACCCAGGUCACAAGAACAUCUACAUCCAAUCUGCUACCCUCGAUGGUGUAUCUUACACGCGCAACUGGAUCCAGCACAACUUCUUCUUGGAAGGUGGUGUCCUCGAGUUGACACUAGGUCCCCAGGAAAGUAGCUGGGGAAGGGCGCCGGAGGAUGUGCCCCCUAGCCUGGGACCUUUCGCGAACAACACCAUGGCAGAAAACGGAUCAGUCGUUGCGGAUCAGAGGUGGACAAUGCCGAGGAUGCAGUUUGAUUUCGCCGGUAGUCAGUAG